UCACUCCAUUCAUUCAAAUUUCCUCGUCGCGGAAGGUUGUAGAAGACUUGAAUUCGUUCAAAUAUUUGAACGCUCCAAAAACGAUUUGUGAGGUCUCUGAAUUAGAAGUGUGCACAUCCUUUAUCACUUACUGCAAGAAGCCGUUUCACCACUCCUCUCUAUCUUCACAUUGCAGAAGUUCCAUAAUGUCUCAACAGAUCAGCCUCCCUGCCAAACUGAUCAAUGGUGGCAUUGCAGGCAUCGUUGGGGUCACUUGUGUGUUUCCCAUCGAUUUAGCCAAGACGAGACUCCAGAACCAAAGACUAGGCCAGCAAGUCUACAAGAACAUGAUUGACUGUCUCAUCAAAACAGUACGUUCUGAGGGAUACUUUGGCAUGUAUAGAGGUGCUGCAGUUAAUCUGACAUUGGUCACUCCUGAAAAGGCCAUCAAACUAGCUGCCAAUGACUUCUUUCGGCAUCACCUCGCCAAAGAUAUGAGAGGGCUGUCUGUAUUUAAAGAGAUGUUGGCUGGAUGUGGUGCUGGUAUGUGCCAGGUUAUCAUCACCACUCCAAUGGAGAUGCUGAAAAUUCAACUACAGGAUGCUGGGAGACUAGCUGCACAGCAAAGAAAGCCAGGCCUAAUCACUCCCACUAGACUGGUGGCCACAAACACGGUGUUGAGUCGCUCCUAUAAUGUUGUGCCCAACUCCGCACCCAGGGCUGUAUCUGCUACCCAGAUCGCAAGAGAGCUGCUGCACACUCAAGGAAUUCAAGGGCUCUAUAAAGGCCUUGGUGCAACUCUACUGAGAGACGUACCAUUCUCAAUUGUCUACUUCCCUCUCUUUGCAAAUUUGAACAAAAUGGGUAAGCCCUCCCUCGAUGGUGUGGCGCCAUUUUAUUGGUCGUUCCUGUCUGGCUGUGUGGCGGGUUCCACAGCUGCUGUGGCCGUUAACCCAUGUGAUGUGGUUAAAACCAGACUGCAGUCUCUAAACAAAGGCGCCAAUGAGGACAGCUACAGUGGCAUAAUCGACUGUUUCAGAAAAAUUAUUAAGCGAGAAGGGCCAUCUGCUUUCCUAAAGGGGGCGAGCUGCAGGGCUCUAGUCAUCGCACCACUGUUCGGCAUUGUUCAGGUUAUGUACUUUAUCGGGGUUGGAGAGUUUAUCAUGAGCCAGUCCCCCUUAAAACUAAUCUCAGACUGAAAGCACCCUAAUACCUCUAAAAAGAGUCAACUAAAACUAUGGCAGCUACACAACUAACUGUACAUUUUCGACAAAGAUAAACAUUAAUCAAGAUUGUAGAGUUGCUGUGAGAAGGGCAACUUUAAGCUGGUUAUAAGUUUUUCCAGCCAUACCGCACUUCCUCUAUGGUUUACAGGCUUAUUUGAUGGGCUGUGUAUGGCCAGAAUUUGCACUUGUUGGUAAGGAUAUGUCUGGACAAGGGCGCUUAAGAUGUGCUUGUGUUUUCUAGAAGCAUAUGUGAAAGUGGUCCCUCAAUGAGGGAGACUGGUGUCGUUGUAAUGACACUAAAUUCAACAAUUAUCGUUUUUGUGGACUUAAUUUCAUCAAUCCACUUUCUACAACCCUCUCUUUGUAUCAAUAUGUGUUUUGUUUCCAUGUACAAAGAUCUUUAUUUCUAUUCAUCUAUUUUUGUCACUGUGAAGACUGCCAAUGUUUAAACAAUUGGGUGCUUGGAAAGCUUUCAGACUUGAAUUGCUUAGUUUUUGGGAAAGGUCAUGAACUGCAUUUCAUUCCACCAAAUGCCCUGCAUCUGUUUCCGAGAUGUUUUUUUGCAAUCUACGAAAAGGCUCCAUGGCCUAAAAUGCAGGAACCAGGAUUACCAUGACGACUAUCCAAAACAAAUAUUUGAUGCAUAUCAUUUAUGCAACGUAUAUACAAUUUUGUUACAUUUGACAACAUGCAUCUUUUGUUAGAUGGACCAGCACAUGUGCUACUGUUGUUUUGCUCUCAGGGAUUUUUAAUCCCAAAGCAUAGGUCAUGUUUUUUAGUGUCAUGUUGUUUGCCUUUAACAUGGUGAAUAAAACUGCACAGUGGUUGGAGGGUCUUAAAAGCUGGAUAUAUAAAUGCUACAUUGUUUUGACCAAAAGGUAAUAACAUAACCACGAUAUGGAACAUAAAAUAAAUGCUGUGAUCUGAAAAUUUCAACCUUUGUGUGCCCUUAUACAUUUCCGUUCUAUUCUUCAGGGUAUUUUUAUUGCCUUGUGAACGUAUUUCUUAAUUU